AUGGCUGGCCUACUAAAAUACAAAUUUACCAAGAUCAAAAAGACUGAUGGUAGUGAGAAUGUUGCACAAAUUAUUCAAAGUCCAUGUACAGAAAAUACGGUCUCUUCUGUCAAAAAAUAUGUCGCUGAAAUACCAAUAAUACCAGACUCUAAAUCAGAGUUUCCUGAAUGCUGGGAUUUUAAGCAGAUUACUUAUUUUACUAAAGAAUAUCCUUGGAUUUAUUUUAAAAAUAAACAUAUUGGAUGUAAGAUCUGUAGAGAUGUAAAUCAAAAUUUAUUAAAUCAAAAAGGAUCACAUGUGGCAUCUGAAUGGUCUAAUGGAGAAGUUUAUUCAUCAGGUUCUACAUUAGAAAAGAAAAAAACUAAUUUAAGAAAAAAAAUUUCUAAACACAAGAAUUCUGCUGCUCAUUUAAAUGCACAAAAAGUUAUAUUUUUGUCUGAAAAAAAAGUUAUUGAUGAACAUAUUUCAAUGUUGAUGGUGACUGAUCAAGAAAAUACUGCAAGAAUAUUUCGCACAGCUUAUUUAAUAGCUAAAAAUCAACGCCCUUAUACAGAUAUGCCAAAACUUACAGAUCUCCAAGAAUUAAAUGGACUUGAUAUGGGAAGAAUACUUCAGACUAACGUAUCAUGUUCUAAUAUUAUUGAUCACUUGGCCUUAGAAAUGAGAAGGAAGAUUGCUAUGGACAUUGUGAAAAAUAAUAGAAAAAUUUGUAUUUUAGUUGAUGAAUCCACAACAUUAAGUAAAAAAUCUAUGUUAGUUAUAUGUUUACGUUGUGCAGUUGGUGAACUUAAUGAAGUAUACACAUUUUUGUUUGAUAUUGUUGAAGUAUCAAAUACUUCAGCUAAAACUAUAAAAGAUUCUAUAUUACAAGUAUUGGAAAAAUAUGGUAUGGACACUCAUUUUUUGAAAAAAAAUUUAAUUUCUUUUGUAAGCGAUGGAGCUUCAAACAUGUUAGGCCGUAAAGCAGGAGUUGGUGUAUUAUUACAGAAAAGUUUUCCUCAUAUUAUACUUUGGCAUUGUUGUAAUCACCGUCUAGAACUUGCUGUUGCGGAUUGUUUAAAAGAAGUAAGUGGAAUUAAUCAUUUCCAAUCAUUUAUUGAAAAACUAUACUCACUGUAUCACAUGUCACCAAAAAAUAUGAAUGAGUUGAAAGAAUGUGCUAAUUCCAUUGAUCAACAGUUAUUAAAAAUAGGUAAAAUAUUUACAAUUAGAUGGGUAGCUUCAAGUCUUCGGACAAUAAAAGCUGUUUGGAAUAACUUUGAAUCUCUUUUUCAACAUUUUUCUAAUGCAAUAAUGGAUGAUCAAAGGAGCUCUAAAGAAAAAGCAAAGUAUGUUGGUUUGAAAAAUACUUUAAAAUCAAUAGAAUUUGUUCACAACCUUGGCAUACUGUUUGAUGCUCUGACAGAAUUAUCAGAUUUGUCCAUUCAGCUCCAAAAAAGAGAUCUAUCUCUUAUGGCUGCUCAUAAAUUAAUUGAACGGACCAUUAGCGUUUUGGAAUCUAUGGCUAAUAAAAAUGGUGAAAAAACCAAAGAAGUAAAUUCUGCUUGUGAACAAAAAGAAUUUAAAGGCAUUAUAUUAGAACAUAAAUAUUCUGUGGUAAAAAUUGAAAUCGGCCAAUUUUUUAGAAGUUUGUCUGACAAUCUAAAACAAAGACUUUUUACUACACAAUCGUCUCAUGUAUCAAUUUUAGAUAAAGCUGAUCCUUAUAAAGAUUUAUUUAAUAAUUUAUUGAUUGAUUUAACCAUGCUUUCUCCAGAUAAUUGGCCUGAUAACUGUGAUGUACAGUUUGGUGAUAUAAAUGUAAGCCGUUUGUCUAAAAUAUUUCAAAUUGAUCAAAGAGCCAGUGUACGAGGAUUUCGUGAAUACAAAGUGUCUUAUCCUUCAGUAAAUACAGACAUUGAACCAUUAAUGACCGCUGUAAAGACUUUGGCUAUUUCUUCUGCUGAAUGUGAACGGUCCUUUAGUUCAAUGAACGAAAUUGUUUCUUCAAAAAGAAGUGUGUUGACUAGUGAUCAUAUUUCAUCGUUAGCUUUCAUUAAUUGUACUGGACCACCAAUUAAUAAAUUCAAUCCCAACAUCUAUAUUAAAACUUGGAUAUUAUCAGGGAAAAGAACUGCAGAUGAACAAUGUUGUCCAAAAAGAAAAAAGAAAGAUGAAGAAGAAUCUUAUACAUCUUUAUGGUUAUGUUUAGAUAAAUAG